AUGACUUCUGCAACCAAUUCAACUUUGACAAAGAUGGUAGCCAAUUCGAAAUACAUAUUGUGUUUCUGGAUGUUUCUCUUCAUCGCUGCACUGGUUAUUGUUGUUUUCGGAAUCUGUCCACUCAUCUCCAGUUGCUACUUGUAUUGCAAAAAAAGGAAAGAGCAAGGAUACACCUGCCUCGUGGAUCCCAAUACAGGAAAUCAAUGUUACCACAGGACUCACAUGUCAGCAAGAGGGUUGUUUGCGGAUGAUGAAUUUGAAGAAGAAACAAUUGUCUAA